UUCAAGGUCACCCUCCCACCUUUCAUGUGUAGCAAACGGGCUGCAGACUUCCAAGGGAAUGAUUUUUAUAAUGAUCGAAACCACAGGAAUCAAGUUGAACGUCCUCAGACGACUUUCGGCAGGCUCCAGAGAAUCUUCCCGAAGAUCACCCCCGAGAAGCCAGCAGAGGAAGGAAGUGGUUGGAAGGGAGUGUCAGAAGCAUCUGCCCCACAGAACCAUGGGAAACAGCUGUGCCCCCCGGGAAAUCCAAGUACCUCUGAGAAGAUUCACGAGACAUCUGGAGCCAAAAGGGGGGAACAUGCCUGGACCCACAGACUGCAUGAGAGAAAGCAGCUGGUGAUUUAUGAAGAGAUCAGCGACCCUGAGGAAGAUGACGAGUAACUCCCCUCAGGGAUAUGACACAUGCCCAUGAUGAGAAGCAGAACGUGGUGACCUUUCACGAACAUGGGCAUGGCUGCGGACCCCUCGUCAUCAGGUGUACAGCAAGUGAAAGCAAGUGUUCACAACAGUGAAAAGUUGGGCGUCAUUUUUCUUAGUGUGACAAGAGUUCGAUGUUGGCGUUUCCAUUGUAUUUUCUUACAGUGUGCCAUUCUGUUAGAUAUUAGCGUUUUCAUUGAUGAGCAAGACAUGCUUAAAGCAUAUUUCGGUUUGUGUAUCCAUGCACCUACCUCAGAAAACAAGUAUAGUCAGGUAUUCUCUCCAUAGAACAGCACUACCCUCCUCUCUCCCCAGAUGUGACUGCUGAGGGGAGGUCUGAGUGUUUAAUUUCCGAUUUUUUCCUCUGCAUUUACACACACACCACACACGCGCACACACACAGCAAGUACCAGUAUAAGCAUCUCCCAUCUGCUUUUCUCCAUUGCCACGCGUCCUGGUCAAGCCUCCCUCACUCUGUUUCCUGUUCAGCAUGUACUCCCCUCAUCCGAUUCCCCUCUGUCCGUCACUGACAGUUAAUAAACCUUUGCAAAUGUUC